UCUUUCAGACAUCAGUGAAGAAUAUCUUUGUCCUGAGCAUCAGCAGCAGCCACAGCCUCCUCACAUUAAGGAAGAAGAGGAGGAGGAAGGGCCCCUCUGCAUUGACAACAACGUGGACAAUGAUAUCACCCAGUUUCCAUUGACUGGUGUUCCUUUGAAGAGUGAAGAUGAUGACUACAAAGGUCAAAGUGAGGAAAAAGUAGUGGCUGAGCUUCCAAGCAGCAGCUCAAGUCAACACAUGACAACAGUAGAUGAUGGAGACACCCUUGGAGAAUCACAAGCACAUGCCCUCUUAGCUCCACUAUCGGAUCAUGACAUUACAUAUGAUGAUGAUGAUGAUUGUGAUGAUCAACACUCAAAAGGUGAUCUGACAGGUCACAGUGACUCCGAAAACGUGAAAUGCUCUCAGUGUCACAAAACGUUUUUCAACAAGUCAUCGUUGAAAAGACAUAUAAGAACACACACUGGAGAGAAACCUUUUUCCUGCUCAGUGUGUGGUCUUAAGGUAACUCAAAGGAGUAGUUUGACAGACCACAUGAGAAAGCACACUGGAGAGAAACCUUUUGCCUGCCCACUCUGCAAAUUAAGUUUCGGGAGUCGUUGCUAUUUAAGAACACACAUACGAUUGCACUCUGGGGAGAAACCUUUUUCUUGUGCGGUUUGUGGUAAAGGAUUCUCUCUGAAGGGAGAUUUAAGAACACACACAAGAACACACACCGGGGAGAGACCUUUUGUCUGCUCAAUUUGUGGCAAAAGGUUCACCCGGAAGGGACAUUUGAACACACACACAAGAACACACACCAGGGAGAGACCUUUUUCCUGCUCAGUUUGUGGUCAAAGAUUCUCAGAAAAGGGAAGCAUGAUAAAACACACAAGAACACAUACUGGAGAGAAACCUUUCGCCUGUUCAGUUUGCGAUCAAAGAUUCUCUGACAAGGGAAACUUGAGGACACACACUAGAACACACACCGGAGAAAAACCUUUCUCAUGCUCAGUAUGUGGUAAAAGAUUCUCUGAAAAGAGAAACUUAAAAACACACACACAAACACACAUGAGGAAGAAACUUUUUACCAGUUCAGUCUGCCAUAUUGGUUCAAAAGUGGAAGACCUUCAUCAUGAGAAGCAGUAACAGCAGUCAUCCCAUAUUAAAGAG